CUUAACACGAACAAAGGCUUCCAAAAACCUCAUCACCUUUCUAUCUCUUCACCUCCUUCCUCUACCUUCAUCUGAUCCAAAACAUCAUCCCUCAGCAACACUCUUCUCCUCACUCCACCCACCCUUCUCUUCUUCACCCUUCUCCCAGCUCACCUCCAGUUAUCGUCUACCCGAUCUCGCCUUUUCUCUCCCCCUUCUCUCGUGCGAAUCCGCCUUCUUCGCACUCCCCAAUUUCCCCUCCCCACAACCCACACAGAUCAUCUUUGCCUCCAGCCCAAUCUCGGUCCCAUCGCCACCGGAUUGACUCGUUCAUCUCCUGACUCUCUCCAUCCUUCCUCCAAGACCUCGCCUUCCUCUCGACAGCAAUGGCCUCCCCAGGAUCUCCCGUCGAUGCCAACCACAUUGACGACGCCACUCUAGCCGAGUCCAUGAAUCAGAUCGGUCUCAACGAUCGUGACAGCGAGCAACCCAAGACGGAGGAAGAAUACGCACAGUCACAAUUGACUCUUCGCGCCAUUGUCUCCACCAAGGAAGCUGGUGUCAUCAUUGGCAAGGCCGGCAAAAAUGUGGCUGAUCUGCGCGAGGAGACUGGCGUCAAAGCUGGCGUUAGCAAAGUGGUCCAGGGCGUUCAUGAUCGCGUUCUGACAGUCACUGGCCCUCUUUCUGGCAUCUCAAAGGCCUACGCUCUGGUGGCCAAAGGCUUACUUGAAGGCGCACCCCAAGUUGGCAUGGGAGGAGUUCUUCAAAACAACGGAACUCACCCCAUCCGCCUCUUGAUCUCCCACAAUCAAAUGGGCACAAUCAUUGGUCGCCAGGGUCUCAAAAUCAAGCAUAUUCAAGACGCUUCUGGCGUCCGCAUGGUCGCUCAGAAGGAAAUGCUCCCACAAUCAACUGAGCGAAUCGUCGAAGUCCAGGGUACCCCAGAGGGCAUCGACAAAGCUAUCUGGGAAAUCGGCAAGUGUUUGGUCGACGACUGGCAGCGUGGCACUGGAACCGUCCUCUACAACCCUGCAGUUCGAGUCCAAGUCGGAUCUGGCCCUCUCCCUCCUGCCGUUGGCGGUGCCGCCCCAGUGGCAAGCGGCGGCUACAGUGGAGGGAGUGGUGCCCGUUCUUUCAAUCGCACUGGCAAUGGAGCCGACUUUAGCGAAUCUCGAAGCUACAAUCGCAGCAAUGACGCCCCUCGCGGCGGUGGUAUCCCCACGGUCACUGAAGACGGCGAAGAGGUGCAAACCCAGAACAUCAGCAUCCCUGCCGAUAUGGUCGGCUGCAUCAUCGGCAGAGGUGGCUCCAAGAUCAGCGAGAUUCGCAAGAGUUCCGGUGCUAGGAUCUCGAUUGCCAAGGCUCCUCAUGACGAUACUGGCGAGAGGAUGUUCACCAUCAUGGGAAGUGCAAGCGCGAAUGAGAGGGCGUUGUACCUAUUGUACGAGAACUUGGAAGCCGAGAAGGGUCGCCGUCAACAGGUGUCAUCCGAGUAAAUGCUCGCAACAAAACUCGAAUACCUCCCGCCCACUGGCCUAGUGUGGUUGCGCAAACCCUCAUACCCUACGGCGCCUUCUGAGGUCCACACUCUCCUUGACACAGAUUGACUUUUUUCUUUUCUUGAUUGCCCGAUAACACACACCGGUGAAAAGCACAUGGCAUUGUUUCUCCUUUGGCGUCGAAUAGAUGGUGUCUUGCGCAAAGCGGCAUGAUGGAGCUUAUGAUACCACUUUAACCUUCUCGCCCUGGCCCGCGAGUUGACGAAUGACGACACGAGCUUGUAUUCAACAACCACACAAUCUCUCCCUCUAUCUCACUCUCACGCACGCACGCACGCGCACGCGCACCCCUUUUUUCUCUCUUAAUGAACCUGGCCCCUCUCGCCGGCGGUUGAAAGCCCCUCGAGUUUCCGAAUUUCCUGGUAUCAACCGAUACCGCGCCAUGAAAAUUGGAAGUAUGACAUCACCCAUGAGCGUCAAUCCCGGCGGUAUGGGCCUUGAGAUGCGCAUUGUAUCAAGCACCGACAGUCACCUUACCUCUCCCAUUCCUUCCGUCUCUCCCGGCUUAAGGCUGGGCCUUUGCAGAGAGCCGGGGCUGUACCUAUGCAGAAUGACUGCCGGCCAAGUUGAUCGGGGUGGAACGAAUAUCUGUGGAGCGAUGGAUUCUGCAGAGGGGACCAAUGUCAUCAGAAGAUAGUUCAGGUAGCUCUCGACUGGCUCUGGGUGGCUGAAUCUGCGCAGAGCAUGGUCGGGUCUCGUUAGUCAAAUGAUGACACUUUGCAACAUUGACCAUAGGGCAAGCAGUCUUAUUAGAAAAUAUGAGUCUGGUGAUCCGUUG